AAGAACAAUGCAUAUGAGUCUUUGACAUCAAGAUGUACAUCCGGCAAAGAAAAGAGACAAAACCCAUAGAAGUUUCUGAGGAUUUUCCAUCUCCAAAAGAAGAUGUGAAGUUGGAGAAGAAAUUGCCAUCUGGCUGUGCCUCUGGAAGGUUCUGGAAGAUCCUGUCGUCUGCCUUUGGCGGAACUCUGGCCCUUUGCAUUAGACUUCUUACAUCCAUUUACCUGGCCACCCUGCAUGAGAAUGACUUGUGGUUUUCCAAUAUUAAGGAAGUAGAGUGAGAAAUCUCAUUCAGGACAGAAUGUGGACUGUACUAUUCUUACUACAAGCAGAUGCUGCAGGCUCCGACCCUCCUAUGCAGCUUCCGUGGCUUGAUCUAUGACAAUAAAACCGAAUCCAUGAGGAGGAUCAACCUCCUUCAACGAAUGAACAUUUACCAAGAAGUUUUUCUCAGUGUUUUAUAUAGAGUUCUCCCCAUACAGAAAUAUCUAGAACCUGUUUAUUUUUAUAUCUACACUCUUUUUGGGCUCCAAGCAGUCUAUGUCACAGCCCUUUACAUAACCAGCUGGCUCCUUAGUGGCACCUGGCUGUCAGGACUAUUGGCAGCUCUCUGGUACAUCACCAACAGAAUAGAUACCACAAGAGUUGAAUUUACCAUCCCACUGAGGGAGAACUGGGCUCUGCCCUUUUUUGCGAUUCAGAUUGUAGCAAUUACCUACUUCCUGAGACCAAACUUACAACCUCUUUCUGAAAGGCUGACACUUCUUGCCAUUUUCAUAUCAACUUUUCUCUUUAACCUAACAUGGCAAUUUAAUCAGUUCAUGAUGCUGCUGCAGGCGCUGGUGCUGUUCAUCCUGGACUCCUUGGACAUGCUGCCAGCCAUGAAGGCCACCUGGCUAUAUGGCAUACAGAUAAUCUGCCUGCUCCUCGUCUGCACCCUUCAGUUUUUUAACUCCAUGAUUCUGAGAUCAUUGCUCAUCAGUUUUAACCUUUCAGUAUUAAUUGUAAGAAAACUUCAGAAAAACCUGAAGACUGGAUCUUUCCUGACUAGAAUUUGGAAACUACUGUUGCAUUUGCUUCUAGUUUUCUGUUUGACACUUUUUCUUAACAACAUUAUUAAGAAAAUUCUUAACCUGAAGUCAGAUGAACACAUCUUUAAAUUUCUGAAGGCCAAAUUUGGGUUUGGAGCAACAAGGGAUUCCGAUGCAAAUCUCUAUCUGUGUGAAGAGGCCUUUGGCCUCCUGCCUCUCAACACAUUCCAGAGGCUCUCGGAAACACUGCUUUUUUAUGCAUACAUGUUUGUCCUCGUGGUCACAGUGGUCACAGCAUCCGUUGUGGCCUUUCAUAAUCUCAGUGAUUCCACAAGUCUGCAGUCCGUGGAUCAGACAAGAAAGUGUGCAGUUGACCUGAAGCCAGAAGCCGCAUACAACCUGAUUCACACAAUCCUGUUCGGGGUCUUGGCGUUAAGUACGAUGAGGAUGAAGUACCUGUGGACCUCCCACAUGUGUGUGUUCGCGUCCUUUGGCCUGUGCAGCUCUGAGAUCUGGGAUCUGCUUCUGAGGCUGGUUCAUCUCUGUAACCCAAAGAGGAUCUGGGUCAUGUGAUACUCGGUGCCCGUUCUCACCCUGCUGUACCUGCGCUGUAAAUCUUGGCCAGGAACGAUGGAUGAACUCUCCGAGUUGAAAGAAUUCUAUGACCUGGAUACAGUGGAACUGAUGAACUGGAUUAACUCUAACACACCAAGGAAGGCUGUGUUCGCUGGAACCAUGCAGUUGCUGGCUGGAGUCAAGCUGUGCACAGGACGGACCCUAACCAACCACCCACACUAUGAAGAUAAAAGUCUGAGAGAGCGGACCCAGGCGGUUUAUCAAAUAUAUGCGAAGAGGUCCCCAGAGGAAGUGCAUACACUCCUGAGGUCCUUUGGCACGGACUUUGUGAUCCUGGAAGACAGCAUCUGCUAUGAACGCAGGCACCACAGGGGCUGCCGGCUGCGUGAUUUGCUGGAUGUGGCCAAUGGACAUGAGAUGGAUGGGCCGGGAGAGAGUGACCCUGACUUGAGACCUGCAGACCACCCUCGCUUCUGUGAAGAUAUUAAAAGGAACCUGCCCACCUAUGCAGCCCACUUCACUAGAGUAAUCCAGAACAAGACAUUCCAUGUCUACAAGCUGUCCAGAAAGAAAAAAAAAAGAAAAAAAGAAAAUAUAAGAGAUCAGGUGUGA